AUGAAGGCUGCGAAGCGCAAGGCGGCUGAGGAAGCGGGCCUCAUGCGGGUGCACAACUAUAGGCUUUGGAACCAAGGCCAAUGGGACCUCGGCAACUGCCCUAGCAGCAAGACACAACACGAACUGAAAGCCGAUAUACUGGUGAGAUGUUGUGGAUUAGUAGAGAUCCUCGGAAAAGCAGUGACAAGGUCUCUCAGAGAUGGCAUUGACACUAGAUCCUUCAUCCAGAAAGUUUUAGGGGACAAAAAUGUGGCACAUUUGAAUUUGCUUUCUUUCCUCUGCCCUGAUAUUAAAGAAAUACGGUUUGAGAGGCUCCCACUGUUCCAGCAACAUUUUUACAGCCACAUGAUGUUCACAUUUGCGAGGAAGACAUUUGGCGGCUUGGGAGGAGCACAAGUGUACAGAAUGACAAAUACAUUUGAGUACGGUAAUUCCACUACAUUUGAUAUUAGUACUUACAGUUGGUGUCGAUCUCUAGAACUCAAAGAGGAGCAUGUUUCCAUAGCUAAGGGGCAGGACUCUUCGGGGAAGCUACCGCGUGGCUUCGUGGUAGAAGCGGCAGACAUGUGGCGUGGUCCAGACCCGCCCUCAACCACGUGGCGCAUGAGGAUGAUCUUCGUCACUUCAAAAGAAAAACGCAACAUCUUCAGUUGUUUUACCUCCAACUCUGCCCCUGUCUUUUCGUCAGUGAUGCCCCUGAUUCAAGAUGCUGUGCUUCAUAAUGUCAACUAUACAGCCUUCCGUUCACAUAAUUCAUGGUGUAAACUAAUAAUCCAUUUCAAAUCGUUCCCUUGUGAGGCAUUGUGUGCCUUGUCUGUAUCUUCUGGCGAUGAGUCUUCGCCAGGCGGGGGUGGCGAAGCCCAGCGCGACUCUCCUGCAUCUGGACGCGUCUGGAGGGAGCACUAUCUGUCGGAGAAAUGCGUCGAGUAUAUCAGUCUAGAGGAUUAUUACGCUCAGAACAUCGGGAUGCUAGUGUUACGUGUUCCUUUACUGCGCACACGACUGUGUGUAGUUGAUCGUGCUAUCAUAUAUCAAUUUGUGCUGGCUCUGGUCCCGGAGUGGUGCGUAACGGGGUUCGUCGGGUGGUCGGCCAGUGUGCUCGGUCACUCGGUGGCGCCCUCUUCUGCCGCUCAUCGUCCACCUCUCUCAGUCAGUGCGCUCUCUCUCACUCUCCUCAUCUCCCUCGGCUCUCGGCGAUGGAAUGUGUGCAUCCACGUGAAUCGGCGUGUCCGCUCUCAUGCCUGCAUUGGUGUCAUCCACAAGUCUCCUUGCGGCUUUCCGCAACGACACAGGAGGAGCCAGGAGGCGUGUCCCCGCCGAGGCAGCCAAGACAAGGGUCAGGACGGGUCGCAGGGCGCUCGCGGAGGCGUGGACGCGGGUGGGGUCAUUAACCUCAGCUCUGAGGACGCAGAUAGCAUCAUGACCUUCUUCAUGCACUGCCACUAUAUCUGGGCCAUCCCGCUCAAGAUCGGCGUGAUCCUGGCGCUCCUGUGGUGGCAGCUCGGCGCCUCGGCCGUGGUGGCAGCCGUGGCUGGCAUCCUCUUCCUGACGCCGCUGCAGUUUGUCCUCUGCAAGAAGAUCGCCGCCGUCAAUAAGAAUUUCUUGGACGUGAGCGACGAGCGGCUGCGCCAGACGCACGAGCUAGUCACGGGCAUCAAGCUGGUGAAGCUGCACGCGUGGGAGGACGUGUUCAUCCGGCGCGUCACCAGCACCCGCGAGAGGGAGCUGCACCUCCUCUACAGGGACUCCAUUUACCGCGCCCUCAUGACCUUCCUGACCCAGGGCUCCGGCGUGGUGGUGUGCCUCGUGACCUUCGGCCUGUACUCUCUGCUGGAGGGAGCGGCGCUGGAGCCCGCCCGUGUCUUCUCGGGCCUGGCGCUCUUCAACCAGCUCACGGUGCCGCUCUUCAUCCUGCCCAUCAUCGUCUCGCACACCAUCAGGGCCAAGAACAGCACUCGGCGCCUGCAGGAGUUCCUGAAUAUGCAGGAGGUGGAGGGGCCGAGAACCCCCAAAACCCCUAUUACCCUCAGGCCGAUGGGGAUCCUACGCGGGGGGGUAGGAGGAGGAGCUAAAGGUAGAGCAGGAGGGAGAGGGAAAGUCUGCAGGACACCCAGAAACUCCAAGGGGGAAGGACUCCUCGACGACCUGAGGCAGAAUCGCCUGGGGCGUGUGGUCGAGGAAAGCAGGCCGACCUCGACUUGCUCCGAAAUCUCAAACGCCUCGAGUGUGUCCAAGAAAUCUUCCAAAGAAAACGGGACCUCUCCGUUUUCUGUCGAUUUGAACAGUGACUCCGAUGAAGAGCUGGAGUUCGAAGGCUGGAAGAAGAGAAGGAGCGGAGGAAACGGCGAGCGCGGGGGCGACGGCCGCAAGGUAGCGGUGCGCAUCCAGAGUGGCUCCUUCGCGUGGGAUCCCACCUGCCGCCACAGCGUUCUCGAAAACAUCACGACGGAGGUGCCUGCAGGCGGGCUGACAGUGGUAGUGGGCGGCGUGGGCGCGGGCAAGACCUCGCUCCUGCUGGCGAUGUUGGGCGAGAUGCACACACUCAGGGGAGAACUUCAGUGGAACGGCGAAAUGUCGGUGGCGUACGUGUCGCAGCACCCGUGGCUCAUGCACGCCACCCUCAGGGACAACGUGGCGUUCGGGAGGCAGCUCCUCGCCAAGCGCUACAGCAGGGUCAUCCAGGCGUGCGCGCUCGCCCCCGACAUCGAGAUCCUGCCAGGAGGGGACCAGGCCGAGAUCGGGGAGCGGGGCAUCAACCUGUCGGGCGGGCAGCGGCAGCGCGUGGCCAUCGCGAGGGCGCUCUACUCCGACGCCCGCACAGUCAUCAUGGACGCACCCUUCUCCGCCCUGGACGCAGGCGUAAGUGCCAAGGUGUGGGAGGAGGGCGUGGUCAAGCUGCUCCUCCAACGCCGACGCACCGUCAUCCUGGCGACGCACCUUACUCACCUCACUCGCCACGCCACCAAAAUCAUCUACCUGGAAGGCGGUAGUAUCAAGCACCAGGGCACGCCCUCGGAGAUGGCCCGGGCAGCGCCAGAGCUGUGGCGCGAAUGGGGGACGAAGGAGGGGGCCCCCGUGGGGGGUUACGACUACGAGGGGCGGCUCGAGGGGCGCACCGCGAGGGAGAGGUGGUCGCUCCUUCGCCUCGUCACGAGGAUCUCCAUCCAGAGGGGCUCGGCGUCGCCGCACCACACGCGCAGGGGCGCCAGGGAAGAGAGCAAGGAGGUGGAGUUCUGCCCGCGCCCCGUUAGGAAGUACAGCAUCAAUCGCCACGUGAGCCACAGCGCCCUCCUGCCGGGGGACGAAUGCGAAUACCUCCCCGCUCUGACGCCGCCGCUGCCGAGACACGCCUUCGCUCACACGCCCUCCAAGCUCCCGCUCUUCAGGAUCAAGUCGAGCGCGCCGGCCUUCGGCAGGAAAUCGUCUCGGGCGGCGCGGGGAGGGCUGCCCCGCCACGCUAAGAGCCUCCCGCCGCAGCCCCGCCCGCUGCCCCGCAUGCGCUCCACGCCCGCUUUCGCGCCGCAGGGCAACAUGCUGCACAGACUCUUCUCCAGCGCCUCCAUCAAGUCGACGAAGCGUCCGAGCACGUCGCCCUCGGAUAAAUGGCACUUGGGCCGUGUCAUCUCCUCCUCAAACAACCUCGGGGACGACCUCGAUGAAGACCUGGAACUUGAGGAAGAGGUCCCUCUCGAGGAGGACGUCGGGGAUGGGAGGCUGGUGGCCGAGGAGGAGCGCGAGCGAGGAAGGAUCUCCAAGUGGAACUACGUGGUGUACCUGCGUGCGUGCGGCCUUACCUUCGGCCUCGGAUACCUCUUCUGCGCGCUGCUGGGCCAAAGUGUGUCCGUGAUGCUGGACUUCUGGCUCGGCAAGUGGUCGGGCAAGGCCGACGCGUGGAACAUGACGGAGAGGAGCCACUGGGAGGCCUACGAGACCCACCUACGCCAGAAGAGCCUGCCGGGCGAACGAGCCAAGCCGGUGGACCCGCUGGUCCUCAGCGUCAGCGAUAGAUACACGGCCUUCGUGGAAGAGACGAUGGACUACUACUACAAGGUGUACGUGGGCCUCUCGGGCGUGUCUGUGCUCCUGUCCCUGUCCACGAACAUCCUGGGCCAGGUGGCGGCGGCCCGGGGGCGACAGAGGCUCCACCGGGACAUGCUCCAGAACCUGGCCAAGUGCGCCGUGCGGUUCUUCGACACCACUCCCGCUGGCAGGAUCAUGAACCGGUUCACCACGGACACUGCAAUGAUUGAUAAGGAGCUGGCGCGGUCGGUGACGCACCUCCUUUUCUUCGUACUGAUGGUGACGUCGGCGGUCGUGGUGAACGCCGUCGUGACGCCCGCUUUCCUGGUGGUCGCCGUACCCAUCUGCGGACUCUACUACGCCGUGCAAAAGUUCUUCCGGUGCUCCUCGAGAGAGCUGAAGCGCCUGGAGAGCCUAUCGCGUUCGCCGCUCUACAGCCACAUCAGCGAGAGCGUCGCUGGCGCCGUGGUCGUGCGCGCCUACGGGCACCAGCGCAGGUUCACAGACGUCCUGCUCCACCGCCUCGACACGCAUGUCACGGCCUUCACCCUCCUCCACGCCGGCAACCGCUGGCUUGGCAUCUGUCUCGACUACAUCGGCGGCGUGAUAGUGUUCUGCGCGACCGUGGCGACGCUGCUGUGGUCGACGGUGUUCCAGUACGAACUGAAGCCGGCCAUGGUCGGUCUGGCCAUCAACUACACGCUCCUCGUGCCCGUCUACCUGAACUGGGUGGUGCGCUUCCUCGCCGACACGGAGAUGUGCCUGAACGCAGUGGAGAGGGUGCAGCAGUACGCCACGCUGCCCGCCGAGGACGCCCGGCCCGCCAGGAGGGCCACGCCCGCGCGAGGAUCCACAGACCGGCUAUUAAUCUCAUAUUCGUCGUCAUAUCAGCUGAUCUGCCGCCUCAUCUCUCGACUCGACUAUGAGGAUUUGAGUUUUUGCCUUAUCUUCUGCCUUAUCUUCCCCCUUCGUAUCAGUUCUUCUGAGGCGGGCGCUGUCUCCUUCAUCUGCUUCUUGAAGAUGGUUGAGUUCUUGUUCGUCAAGUCUUAG